UAGGUCGGGGCGGCCCGGGAAGCUGGGCGGCCGAGCUCGCUGGACCCGCCGGGCGGGCCGGGCCAGGCAGGGCAGGCGGAGAGCGGAUAAAGCGCGCGGGCUCGGUGGCGGAGGUUCGGCGGCCGGAGAGGAGGGUGCUGACGGGUUUGGGGAAAAUGACCUUGGCCCUUUCUGUCCCCCGCCGUUUUCCCGACAGCCGGCGGCGGCCCCGGGGAAGGCCUAGGCCGGGCCCUCCGAAGGGGCCCCCUAGCGGAAGGGGUCCGCGCUGAUUGCCCUCCGGCCCCGGCCUCCGCCCUCCACGUCCCCGCGCCAGCCGCGGAGACCUCACACACCCCCUUCCGGUCCGGUGACCCGAGCCGCCUUCCUCACAAAGGUUCCCCAGGCCCCUGCCCAUUGUCCCCUCCGCCCGAGCCGCUGCCCGCCCCAGCGACAGCCCUCUCCCCGCCGUGGAAAUGCCCCCCAGACCUCUCUCUGCCCCGAUGUGCUGAGCCGCUCGCCUAGACCCUCGCUCUCCCACCUUUCUCAGCCACCCCCGCCUCCCUCGCCCUUUGUUGCCCCCUCCCAGCGCUCCCGAUGGGGAUCCCACACAGCAGCCCCCCGGGCCGGUGCCCCGAGCUCCCGCUCUGACCCCGUGCCUCCCCUCCGCCGGACGUACAGAGUGGCCCGUCGCGGCGCCCCGAGUGGCGCUCGCACUCUGCCUCCCCCUCCCCCCGAGGCCUCUGGGGCCGCCCCCCGACGCUACUCUCCGAGCCUUGGGACCCGCCUCCCCCAGUCCCAGCUCCAAUGGUGACCCCCUGCACACUUCCCCGUCCGGGUGCCCGGGGCUGGGCUUGACCUUUGGCUUCAUUCUGCCUGGUUCUCCUUCACCUUUCCCUGGCUUCCCUGGCACUGCCCACCGUCUGUACGUACUCCUCCCUCCCAUGCCUCGAUGGGGACAGCUUCCCGGCUUCUUCCGUCCCAGUGACUGGCCAGCACCCUGUACCUCCACCUCAGAGACGGGAUGCAGCCCUUCAGCCUCGAGGCGGCCAGGGAAGCAGCCCAGAGGGAUGUGCUGGCCGCAGAUCUCCAGUGCAGCUUCUUUGCCUCUGCCCUGCAGAGCUACAAGCGGGACUCUGUGCUGAGGCCAUUCCCAGCCUCCUAUGUUAGCCAAGACAACAAGGACUUUGAGGCCCUGCUUGAAGAUGCCAGUAUGCUACCGAACUUAAAGGAACUUCUCCAGUCUGCAGAUGACAAAGAUAACAGGGCAUGGAAUCUGGUGAGCUGGAUUUUAUCAUCAAAGAUUCUUACACUACACAGCAUAGGGAAAACAGAGUAUGUGAAGAUUCAAGAACUAAUGGGAAUUUCAGGCACUACUGUCCCUGCACCUGACUUUCUGUUUGAAAUAGUGUAUUCUGGUCGAGUGGAUGCCAAAUUUCAUGAGACCAAAGGAGAAAGGGAUCUUAUCUAUGCAUUCCAUGGGAGCCGCCUGGAAAACUUCCAUUCCAUCCUGCAUAAUGGUUUACACUGCCACUUAAACAAGACAUCUUUGUUCGGUGAAGGGACCUAUCUCACCAGUGACUUAAGCCUGGCUCUUCUUUACAGUCCUCAUGGUAUGGGAUGGCAGCACAGUCUUUUGGGUCCUAUCUUAAGUUGUGUGGCACUGUGUGAAAUCAUUGACCAUCCUGAUGUCAAGUGCCAAACCAAGAAAAAGGAUUCUGAAGAAAUAGAUAGAAAAAGAGCGAGAGCCAAACAUAGUGAAGGGGGAGAUGUCCCACCUAAAUACUUUGUGGUUACAAACAAUCAACUUUUACGAGUAAAAUAUCUGUUAGUUUAUUCUCAGAAACAACAUAAGAGGGUCUCAAGCCAGCCUUCUUGGAUUUCUAACCAUCGCUUCACUCUCAUGAUGCUCCUGUAUCUGCUACUACUGAUCAUUAUAGGUGUCAGCAAUUCUCCCUCUUUCUUGCACUACUGGAAUCGAGCAUUGGAAUCAAAAAGAUAAACUUACCUGGCUCAGCAGGGUAGCCUCUGCCAUAUGCCUUAGUACCUCCUGAUCUAUGAAUUCCUACACCUCCACUUAGAACUUUGGGCUAGAAGCUAAGGAGGGGCAAUGAUUGGAACAUUGCAGUGAUACCAGAGAUUUUGAUUAUCUUCUGAUGCUCCUAGAGAAUGUUUGUGCUUCUUAAUUGGUCACAUUUUGGAGGAUUAUGUCAGUUUCAGGAUAACUUUGCUGUUCUCUCUGUCCUUAGCAGUUCUGGGAAGCUGACUUCUUAGCAAGGGCCAAAGGAAGAAGCUUGCUGUAUUGAAAAACAAGGUGUCUAGGCUCUCUGCAAUAUGUUUACAAUUGCCUCUGGCAGAAAUCCUCUCUUUCUAAUGCCUUUGGAAGGUGGAAAAAUAUGUUGUGUGAGGUAUAAAUCAUCAGGCAGUUGGCUUGUUUUGACUUGAAAUGUUACAGAGGAACAAUGAUGUUUCUCACGAAAUGGGGGGAUUGUUUUUGAUUUAUAAAUUUUGGCUUUAGACUUCUGAAUGUGACAUCAAAAACUUCAAUACUUUUAACCAUUUUCUUAACUAUCUAGAAACAGCUUUUGCAGCAAUGGUGCACUCAUUCAUUCAUUUAUAAAAUUAUAGGAUUCAUAGCUGGAAGGGACUUUAGAGAGUCUAGCCCCUCUCAUUUUACAGAUGAGGAAACAAAAGUUCAAGAUUGUCAUGAUUUGUCUACGAUCUGACAAGUGUUGUAAGAGCUGGAUUUUGAACCUCUGACUUUAGGUCCAAUGUUCCUUCCACCACACCCCACUGCCUCCCAGAAUACCUUCAUUCAUAUAUUCAUUCAGCAAACAUUUCUGAAGCACCUAUUCUGUGGAAGAUAUGAAUGGAUGAAAAACAAAGGUGUUUGUUUUUUUUUUUAUGUUUUUUGGAGUCUCACAAGAGAAGAUUAUCUAAUCUACUUAUAUCCAUCUGAAUAUUUCUUUUAAAUCAAGGAACGAACUGAAUGUUAAAAAAAAAAUAAUGACUUGAUAAUUGGGCAACAUCUUUGUGAAUAUGUUUCUACAUGGUGAUUCAUUUGGCCAAUGUCCACACAACACAGCCUUUUGACUGUUUUUAAGAAAAGAAACCAAGCUAUGGGCUUGCUCAUGUCACGAGAUGGAUUUGACAUGCUUCAAAUAGCCCCAUGGAAUUUGAACAAACGUGUCCUAAAUGAGAGCCUUUAAUAAGAAUUUUAUUCUUAAGUCUA